AUGACAAACACACACUUUUCCCGUCAGCCCACUUCGUGCGGUCCCGCUCCGAAGGAUUCGAGCCGCGUUCGAGUCCAGAACACGAUUCGUGUGAUCAAUAACUUGCGUGGUGGCGAGGAUAUCGCCAACUACUCCCUGAGUGCCCGCAAAGAGCUUGCGUCUAGCGAUACUGUCGACAUUGUUCUUGGUGCCGCUGCGGAUAAAAUUGAGGGUGUUCCGAAGUUAGCGCUCCUCGUACUCUCCACUACGUUCCGUCAGUACAUCGAGGAGAAGCCCGAGGCGGCCGAGAUUAAGGUUGUCUCUGCCUCCAUCCACCUUCCUUCAGUCGCCAUCUUGAUGAACUGGGUCAAGGACGUUGCGAGCUCCAAGACUCAUUACAUCAUCAAAGUCCCUGUUCCGGCCACGCUAGUCGACAAGGUCAAGCUCAUUCACGCCGCGCAUAUUCUGGGUAUGAGCCGUUACAUUGACAUUGUAAUCAAGCGCUUCAAAGAGGAAGUUCGAUCACAAAUCCCACGUCCUGAGGACUGCGCCGAGUUCGAGCAGUACGCUAUCUCCGCGGAUCACGAGAUUAUCAAGGCCGUUGGUGAGCGCUUCGGUUAUCUUCUUCGCACCUACAAGUUCCCUGGCGAUCGCAAGAUGUUGACCAACUUCCUCGCGCGCCACGAGAUAUUCGACAAGGCUGUCCGCGAUGCUGACGCUCGAUCCCUUGCUAAGCGCGCUACGCAAGUCUAA